CUUUGAUAGGAAAUGAAAUCUGUCGCCGUGACUCUGAAACACUGGAAGUCGGGAAUGGAUCUGCAAACACAGAAUCAUGUCGAGAAUUCGUGUUUGAUUUGCGAAAUUCCAAAUUUUCUCAGCUAAAAGCCUAAAACCCUAGAAGAGAUCACAACUGUAAUAUCCCGAUCUCGAUUUCAUAUACUGCUCCAAUUCAGCACAUGCAAUGGUGGUCUGUAGAUGCCGGAAGGCAACUAAGUUGUACUGUUUCGUACACAAGGUUCCAGUUUGUGGAGAAUGCAUAUGCCUUCCCGAGCAUCAAAUAUGUGUGGUGCGCACUUAUUCAGAAUGGGUCAUAGAUGGAGAGUAUGAUUGGCCUCCAGAUUGCUGUUUCUGCCAUGCUGUGCUUGAAGAGGCAACAGAUACUCAAACUACUCGAUUGGGCUGCUUGCAUGUCAUGCAUACGAAUUGCUUGGUUUCACAUAUUAAAGGAUUCCCACCACAAACUGCUCCAGCUGGGUACGUCUGUCCAGCCUGUUCAACUUCAAUAUGGCCUCCUAAACAUUUCAAAGAUUCAGGGUCUCAUCUUCAUUUAAAACUGAAAGAAGCAAUAAUGCAGACUGGAAUGGAGAAGAAUUUGUUUGGAAAUCAUCCUGUUUUAUUGCCGCCAACAGAUUCUCAAAGUCCCCCACCUGCUUUUGCUUCAGAUCCAUUGAAGCAUGUUUCUGAAGCUGGAUCUCCUGGAAAAGAUUUUGAAGGAUAUACAGCUGUCCCUACAACAGGUUCUGCAAAACCUUCAGCCAUUGAUAUUGUUGAAAUAGAUGGACUAAACUCAGCUUCAGCUCAUUCCAAUCAUGAGGCCAAUUUUACUAAAAGCUCGAGUCCUCCUGCUCCAGGGGCUACCACACGAAAGAGCGCAAUACAAGUAGAAAGACAAAAUUCUGAAAUUUCAUAUUAUGCUGAUGAUGAAGAUGGGAACCGGAAAAAGUACACUAGAAGGGGUACACUCCGACACAAGUUCCUUAGAUCUUUGCUGCCCUUUUGGUCAAGUGCAUUACCAACACUACCUGUGACAGCACCACCACGGAAAGAGACACCAAAUGCAGAUGGCACACGCCAUCAUAAAUCUUCAAGGAUGGAUCCAAGAAAAAUCCUCCUUGUUAUAGCCAUCAUGGCUUGCAUGGCAACGAUGGGUAUCUUGUAUUAUAGACUUGCACGUGGUCUGGAGGAGCUGCCUGAUGAAGAGCAGCAGUAAUGUUCAAUACUCAUGUUGCAGCUUGAUUGAUGGUGUACCGCCUUAAGAUCAAAGUAGCAACAUUUUUCUCCUCCCAUUUUGGGUCAAUUGGAAUUUUCAGGACUAGUUUUGUAUGGGAAUGUGCAACUUGCAAUGCUUGGUUGUCUGUCAGUUACAGUCUUACAGAGAAUACAUGUAGCUGUGAUUAUUAUGCUGCCCAUUCCUAGUUUUGGUUGCUUUAACCUUGAGUUGAGAAGUAUCAGUUAAAAAGGAAAACUGCUUUCUAUCUUGUUGAUUCAAAUAUAAAUGGCUGAUAGUUGAUUGGGUUA